AUGGAAAGACUUAAAUCUCUUAAGAGUAUCCAUCAAAUUCCCAUUAUUGCCAUUCUAGAGCCUUUUUCUGAUAGCAUUCAGAUUCAGUACUUCAGAAAUCAACUCAACAUGGACCAUGCUAUUAGUAAUCCAAAUGGUAAGAUUUGGCUUUUUUGGACCAAGGAUGUAGACUGCAGGAUAUUGGAAAAUGAGGAGCAGUUGAUUACUUGUGAAUUUAAUCAUGUAAUGAAUCCAAAUCAGUUCAUAGUUACCUUUGUAUAUGCAAAAUGCAAAGAUCAUCUCAGAAGACCUCUGUGGGAUAGCAUGCUACAACAGUCAGCCACCUCCCUUCCAUGGUGCACAUUAGGUGAUUUCAAUGUUAUCACAGACCCUCAAGAAAAGUUGGGAGGUGUCACUUACAAUAUGAAAAAGAGCCUUGAGUUCAUCAGCAUCAUAGAAGCCUGUGGACUACAAGAUCUUGGGUUUUGUGGUCAGAGAUACACUUGGUCUAAUCUAAGGGGUAUAAUGUUCAGAAUCUGGAAGAGACUUGACAGAGGAAUGGUCAAUGAUAAGUGUCUAGAGAUGAUGCCUCAGACUACCAUUACUCAUCUACCCUCUGUGGGUUCAGAUCACUGCCCCUUACUGCUGGAGAUGACUGAUCAAAACCACCAACACACCAAAUAUUUCAAAUUCCUUAACUGCUGGACAGAACAACCAUCUUUCUUGGAUACUGUUAGUAAUUGUUGGAACAGGACCAUGGAGGGUAAUCCAAUGUGGUGUUUCCAUCAGAAAAUGAAGAGGUUGGCAGCCACUCUUAGUACUUGGUCCAGAUUGCAAUUUGGUGAUAUAUAUGCCAAAGUUAAAGAAUAUGAAGACAAGACUAGACAUGCAGAGGAAGAGCUAAUCUCUAGUAAUUCUGAAGAGAACAGAACAAAGCUCCAUGCCAUCAAUGCAGAGUAUAUAAAAUACCUGAAACUGGAGGAAUCUAUGCUAAAGCAAAAAACUCAGUUGCAUUGGUUCAAAGAGGGUGAUGUGAAUUCCAAGUAUUUUCAUACCUUGAUAAGAGGAAGGAGGAGGAAAUUAUACAUCCACAAGAUCCAGAAUGAGGAUGAUAAUUGGGUACAAGGUGAAGAAAACAUAGCCAAAGCUGCAUGUGAUCACUUCCAAGCCAUUUUCACUGGUGAGAAAACACAAAUUCAGGAGCAUACCCUCCAAUGUAUUCCCAGGAUGGUCACUGAUGAGCAUAACAGAAACCUGAAAGCUAUCCCUACAAUGGAGGAGUUGAGAACUGUAGUGUUUUUAAUGAAUCCCAAUUCAGCUGCUGGACCUGAUGGAAUGAAUGGCAAGCAUGGAUUCUUUCAUUCCACAAGAGGCCUUAAGCAAGGGGAUCCAUUAUCAACAGCUUUGUUUAUCAUAGGUGCUGAAGUCCUCUCCAGGCUCAUGAACAAUCUUCAUCAACACCCCCAAUAUCAUGGUUUCCUGAUGGCUAAAAAGAGCCCUCAAAUUAAUCAUCUCAGUUUUGCAGAUGACAUCAUCAUAUUCUCAUCUGGAAGAUCUCAUACCUUGAAGCUUAUCAUGGAGACACUACAUACCUAUGAGCAUGCUUCAGGACAAUUGAUCAACAGAGACAAGAGUAACUUCAUGGUACCCUCAAAUGCCUUCAACUCUACUGUUAGAAGAAUCAAGAAAGUUACAGGCUUCAAGCAAAAGAACAGCCCUAUCACAUAUUUGGGGUAUCCUCUCUACAUUGGUAGACAGAGGAUCAUCUAUUAUUCUGAGCUUAUAGCUAAAUUCCCCUCCUGCAACCACUAUCAAGCAAAUUCAAAGCAUCACAGCCAAUUUCUUCUGGGGUGGAAGAAUGAAAGGAGGAAAUAUCAUUGGUCUUCUUGGAAGAAUCUGAGUUAUCCCUAUGAAGAGGGUGGUAUUGGAGUGAGACUAAUAUCAGAUGUUGCCAAGUCUUUCCAAUACAAACAAUGGUGGAUAUUCAGAACUAAGAAUUCCUUAUGGAGUGAGUUCCUCAAAGCUAAGUACUGUCAGAGGUCAAAUUCUAUAACCAAAAAAUGGCACACAGGACAGUCUCUGAUAUGGAAGCACCUCAUGAAGAACAAGCACAAUGUUGAGCCUCAUAUCCAAUGGCAGAUACAGUCUGGUUCUUGCCUCUUUUGGUGGGAUAAUUGGUUAGGAGUUGGCCCCUUAGCUAAUUUCAGGUCUGCCAGUAGUAGACAGAACAAUACUAAGGUGUCUUCUUUCAUGAUUAAUGGUCAAUGGAAUGCUGAACUGGUCUCUCAGAAAGCACCUCCCCAGUUUGUACCUAGCAUCCAGGCAAGUAACAUCAACUAUCAGCCCCACAAACUUGAUCAGGCCUCUUGGAAGCCUAAUAGCAGUGGGGAAUUUAGUUGUUCUUCUGCCUGGGAACUUAUCAGGGACAAAAGGAGUAAGACAAGAAUUAACUCUCAAACAUGGCACAAACACAUUCCUUUUAAGUGUUCCUUCCUACUCUGGAGAGCACUUAGAGGGAAACUACCUACUAAUGAAAAAUUUAUCACCUUUGGAGAAGCCCCAGCCCAAUGUUACUAUUGCCAUAGAGCUGGUUUGGAUACCAUUGACCAUAUAUUUGUUUCUGGAAACUUUGACAGGAAGGUUUGGAGUGUAUUUUCUGAUUCUCUGGGUAUUAGUAAAGAAUACACACCCCUUAGAAACCUGAUGAUGAGGUGGUGGUCCAGUAAUUACAGUAAUGAGGUCCAUAAACUUAUCCUACAAGCAACUCCAAUCUUCAUAUGUUGGAACCUAUGGAAAAAUAGAUGUGCCAUCAAAUAUGGAGGGAAGCAGUCCAAUAUUACAAGAGUGAUCUACUCAGUCUUCAAGGAUAACUUCAACCUUCUAAGCACUACCUACUCCUAUAUCAGCUGGCCAAAUAGAUGGAAGGAACUGGUCCUUCUUGUGGAAAAAUGUACUAAUGAAGUUAAUGUUAGUACUGUCUACUGGAGGAAACCUUCAGCUCAUAUGGUGAAGCUGAACACUGAUGGUAGUUCACUUCACAACCCUAGAAAAAUAGGAGGGGGAGGAUUGCUAAGGAACAAUCAAGGAGAUCUUCUCUUUGCUUUCUCAACCCCUUUUGGAGAAGGUACAAACAACCAAUCUGAAAUAUUGGCAGCAAUCUUUGGUUUGACUUGGUGUCUCCAAUUAGGAUAUACUAAAGUAAUCCUUGAAGUGGACUCUGAGCUAGUAAUCAGAUGGAUAAAACACCUAGCUCAACCACCAUGGACUGUUAGAACACAACUCCAACAGCUGCAGGACAUCAGUCAUCAAUUCCAGGUUUUCAAAUGCAGCCACACUUACAGAGAAGCCAAUUUUACAGCUGAUGUUUUGUCCAAACAUAGCCACAAAUGCACUACUCCACAGAUAUAUCUCAAUAAACAAGAGCUUCCCAAAGAGGCAAGAGCUUACUUUGAGCUUGACAAACUGGAAAUGGCCAACUUCAGAAGAAGAAGGCUUAAGAGAAUCAAGAAGCCACCAUGA